GGCGAAUUCAGUUCAUUCCCAACGAUCGAGGAGGUAGCACCUUCUAUUAGAACACCCGGAAAACGCACUUUUUAUAAUAUAAUGUCGAAGGGAUCGGUAUUGCCGCAAUACAUUGCCGGCUUGUCGGCCAGCUUUGGGGCCCUCUGCAUGGGUGCCUCCAUCGGCUGGUCCUCGCCCGUAGAGAAAAUGAUCACCGAGAGCACGGACUAUGGAUUCGCGAUCAGUACAAGCCAGUUCGGUUGGGUAUCCUCGCUGCUGACCCUGGGCGCCACUGUGGUCUGCAUUCCCAUUGGGUUUGCCAUCGACUGGAUCGGCAGGAGACCCACCAUGUUGGCCCUAAUCCCGCCCUAUAUGGUGGGCUGGGUGCUCAUGUUGUUCGCCAACAACGUGACCAUGCUGUACUUCGGAAGAUUUAUCCUGGGCAUGUGUGGCGGAGCCUUUUGUGUGACUGCUCCCAUGUACUGUACCGAGAUUUGUACCACCGCCUUGAGAGGCACCAUCGGCGCCUUCUUCCAACUGCUGAUCGUGUCCGGGGUGUUGUACGGCUACCUGGUGGGAGCCUUCCUGCCCCUGCUCACCAUCAACAUCCUGUGCGCCAUCCUGCCGCUGAUCUUCGCCACCAUCCACUUCUUCAUGCCGGAAUCCCCCGUUUAUCUGGCCAUGAAGGGCCGGAAUGAGGAUGCCGCCAAGUCUCUGCAGUGGCUGCGGGGCAAGGAUGCCGAUAUCGACGACGAGCUCAAGGAGAUCCUGGAGGAGUCCCAGAAGCAGAGUGAUGCACCAAAGGUCAAUAUUGUGGCCGCCCUUCGUCGUCCCAUCGUUUUGAAGGGUCUUGGAAUUGCUAUCCUGCUGCAGGUGUUCCAACAGUGGACGGGCAUCAACGCCAUCCUCUUCUACUCCGCAUCCAUCUUCGAGGACACCGGCUCCGGUCUAAGUGGCAGCAAUGCCGCCAUCAUCAUUGGCGUCGUCCAGGUGACCAGCACACUGGUGGGUGUGGCUAUUAUCGACAAGGCCGGCCGAAGGAUCCUGCUCCUGAUCUCCGGCCUCCUGAUGGCCGUGACCACCGCCCUGAUGGGCGUCUACUUCCAGCUGAGCGAAAGCAAUCCGGGCUCCAUGGACAACUUUGGCUGGCUGCCCAUCAGCAGCAUCUGCAUCUUCAUGGUGUUCUUCUCGAUAGGAUUCGGACCAGUGCCGUGGCUGGUCAUGGCGGAGCUCUUCUCGGAGGAUGUGAAGAGUGUGGCGGGAUCGAUUGCCGGCACCAGCAACUGGCUGUCGGCCUUCAUGGUCACGCUGCUCUUCCCGAUCCUCAAGACCGCGAUCGGACCGGGCCCCACCUUCUGGAUCUUCACCGCGAUCGCGGUCCUCGCCUUCCUCUACUCCCUGUUCUUCGUGCCGGAGACCAAGGGCAAGACGAUAAUCGAGAUCCAGCACAUGCUGGCCGGCGGAAAGGCUGUGGAUCUGGAUACCAAGAGUGCCGGUGGCAACAAGGAGCAGACGUGAGAAGGUUCGUCCCAUGUGUACAUAGUCUUAGCCGUAAGGAUAUCCUUUUCAUGUUCUCUUUAAGCCGAUAAGCAAAUGUUAUGUGUAAGAACGAUCAUGAUCAAUAAAGCCAAAUACUUUCAAUAAUAUAAUAAA